CCCACAGCCGCCGCUCUCCCUUCUCCAGGCCGGGAGCCCGCCCUGAGCCCCCGCCUCUCCCUCCAUCGCCAGAAUGACGGUGAAACUGGACUUCGAGGAGUGUCUCAAGGACUCUCCCCGGUUCAGGGCUGCUGUUGAGGGUGUGGAAUGUGAUGUCUCUGAGCUGGAGACCCGGCUGGAGAAGCUGCUGAAGCUCUGCACAGCCAUGCUGGACUUAGGGCGCCAGUACUGCAAUGCCAGUAAGGCCUUCGUCGGCGGCGUGCGUGACCUCUCCCAGCACGCCCAGGGGGACCCCAUGAUGAGCGAAUGCGUGGAAAAAUUCUCCUGCAGCCUCAACCAAAUGAUUGACAACCAAGUGGAGCUCCUGGACAGCACCCACAUGUCAUCCCGGCACCACAUCCAGAGCCUGGUGAAAGAGGACAUGAAGUGGUUCCGGGAGGCACGGAAGGAGUUUGAGCGGGGCAAUGAGGGGCUGGCCAGCGCCCUGCACCACAAUGCCGAGGUGCCGCGCCGCAAGCAGCAUGAGGCUGAGGAAGCUGCCCUGGCCCUGCAGGCCGCCCGCACCAGUGCUCGUGCCCGCGCCCUCGACUACGUGCUGCAGAUUAACGUGAUCCAGUCAAAGAAGAAGUUUGAAAUCCUGCAAUUCAUUAACGUGAUCCAGUCAAAGAAGAAGUUUGAAAUCCUGCAAUUCGGGGGUUCCUGCUGUUGGGCUGGCUCCCCUCCGAGAGCAGGUGUUCAGGGGAGGGGAGCAUGGAAAAUUCAGCAGGGCUCCAACACCAAGGACAGAUGCUGUGGGGAGAGAACCCAGGCGUCCUGGCUUCCAGCCCCAUGUGCAGUGCAGGGGGAUGGGUUCUCUGGGAAAUUCACCUCCGUUCUUCACGCCCCCUCCCCCCAGUUGCACCAGCUGGUCCUGGAGUCAGCGCGGGAGAAGCGUGACAUGGAGCAGAGACACGCCAUGAUCAAGCAGAAGGACCUAUCUCAGGACGAGGCGGUUCUGGAAGGGCGCAGGGAGGCGCUGGAGGGGGUGGUGAUGGAGGGCUACCUCUACAAGCGGGCCAGCAAUGCCUUCAAGACGUGGAGCAGACGCUGGUUCUCCAUCCAGAGCAAUCAACUCGUCUAUCAGAAACGGGCCAAGGACGUGCUGACGGUGGUGGUGGAUGACCUGCGGCUCUGCACAGUCAAACUCUGUCCCGAUCAGGAGCGUCGCUUCUGCUUCGAGGUCGUCUCACCCUCCAAGAGCUGCCUGCUACAGGCUGACUCGGAGAGACACCAGCAGGCCUGGCUCAGUGCUGUGCAGAGCAGCAUCGCCUCAGCCUUCAGCGAGGGGCGGGCCGAGCCCCCUAGCCAGCACCCGGAGCGCCCUGCCUCAAUGUCAAGCACCACAAUGGAGGCAUCGGGCCGGAGCCCGCGGACGGCCGUGGACAAGCGGGUACUGGACCAAGUGCAGCGGCUGGAGGGCAACGCGCAGUGCUGCGACUGCCGGGAGCCCGCACCUGAGUGGGCCAGCAUCAACUUGGGCAUCACACUGUGCAUCGAGUGCUCAGGCAUCCACAGGAGCCUGGGGGUACAUUUCUCCAAGGUUCGGUCCCUGACGCUGGACUCCUGGGAGCCAGAGCUCGUCAAGCUGAUGUGUGAGCUGGGGAACAGCGCCCUGAACCGCAUCUAUGAGGCACGGGUGGACGAGAUGACUGUUAAGAGACCCCAGCCUGGCUGCUCCCGGGCAGAAAAGGAGAGCUGGAUCCGGGCCAAGUACGUGGAGAAGAAAUUUAUUACCAAGCUUCCGGAGGCGCGGCUAAGCCGGGUGGGGCGCUGGGGCCCCCAUAACCGGGAUCGCCCCCCCAAACCUGCCCUCAAACCCAAACCGGGUGGCAUCAGUCGAGCUGCAGGUGGCACCGGCAGCCUGGCCUACAACAGCAGAAUCCCAGAGCCAGGGGAGGCUGGCUCCUCCCCUGAGGAUCUGCACAGCCUCCACCCGGGGGCGCUUCUUUACUGGGCCGCUGGCAACCAGAACCUGCCCACCAUGGCUGAUGCCCUGGCCCAUGGUGCCGAUGUCAAUUGGGUCAACGCUGCCGAGGAGAGCCGGACCCCUCUGCUGCAGGCUGUGGCUGUGAAUUCCCUGCUGGCCUGUGACUUCCUGCUGCAGAAUGGAGAAAGAGGACCCCUGCACCAUGCCACCCUCUUGGGCCACACCGGGCUGGCUUGCCUGUUCCUCAAACGAGGGGCCAAUCUCAACGCAGUUGAUGCGGAGGGGAAGGACCCGUUGUCCAUCGCCAUCGACCAGGCCGACGCGGACAUCGUCACCCUGCUGCGGCUGGCCAAGAUGCGGGAGGGCUGGGGGAGCGCUGGGAGUGCGGGUGACGAGACAUACCUCGACAUCUUCCGGGACUUCUCCCUGAUGGCAUCUGACAACCCCGAGAAGCUGAACCACCGUGACCUAAAACUCACCACGCUGUAGCUGCUGGGGGGUGCUGCUGAUC